AAGUAAAUGGAUUAUUAUUUAUUAAAGUUACAAAUAUUGCACAUUGCUGUGUAAUAAAUUUAUAAUCAAUUUAUUAAAACAGCAGCAUUAACUGUAUUAUAAGGCAAAUGCUUUUUAAGCACCCACGGGCCACACAAAAUGACUUGGCGGGCCACAUUUGGCCCACGGACCUUGAGUUUAACACGUGGCGUGGACUCUUACAAAAACAAAGACUUAAAAACAGCUGUUUCUGAAGACAGAUGUGACACUCUGUUACACCAAGCUCUAUUUAAACUCAGUUAAAUGUUGCCUGUAAAUGUAUUAAAAUACCACAGAAACACCUGUUUACUCCCAAUUUUAAUGCCCAAACCCGGCCCACUUUGCUAUAGAGUACAUAUAUUGGAUAUAUGAUAUGUCGAUAAUGAAAUACAAUAAAAUCUUGUUUAAAACUUGAUUUAAAUGUAGAACACGGUAAAUUGUACACUUGACGCAGUAGGUGGCAGUGAUGUUCCUUAAUGCAGACUUCUAGGUUGGUUUAAGUGGAAAAGAAGAAGACAACACCACACUACAAACAUGAACAGACGCCAGGAUAGUUUGCAACUGUGAUUCAUGGAGAAGUCACGGAUAAGUUUGAACGGGGGACGAUAGUGAGAGUCCGCAACGCCGGCUGCAGCCUCUCACAGACUGUGCAGAUUUUACGAUUUUCCAAAACCGCCGUCUCUCGGGUUUACCUUGAAUGGCAUGAAAGUCAUAAGACGUGCAGUCAGCGGGGGACCGGCGGCAGAAAACGUCUUGUGGGUGAGAGUGGAGAGAGAAUGAUGGAGAAGGUGGUAGAGGUUAACAUCCAGGCUACGACGGAUGAGAUCCAAGCUCUGUGCAACAGCAGCGGACCAGAGACGCCCAUCUCUCUCAGAACCACCCGGAGGACGUUGAAGCGAUUGGGUUACAGACAUAAUAGGCAGCAUCCUCGUCAGCCACAGACCAACAAGGACUACAGUCACUCGGGUCAAGGUCCAAGAGUUAACUGAGUGUGGAGAAGUUGGAUCCUAGCUAAGGGACCUGAGCUGAUCAGAAGGAUUGUGUUUCUCCUUCCCUCUCUUGUUCUCUGGCAGAUGUUGACUGGACCUGGUCAAGCAUGACAAGUAUACAGGACAGCUAAGGUGAAAAGCAAAAGCAGACUUUCUUUGAAGAGCAUCUUUAAAAAGGCAGGUUGCCCUUCUCAGACACAUGGAAGCCCAGGUAUGUUCUUGGAGUGUGAGCAAGAGUCACUUCUGUUUGUCAUCGAGAUGAAGAGUGAACAAGUGCAGGAGCAGAUCAAGAAGCUGCAGCAGAUGGAUGUGCUGGUGGAGAAGAAUUUGUCUCUGGAGGAUCACAGUAUUCACAUCCUACAGCAGAGUGAGGAUCUGAGAGUCCGCAUCGAUAACUGCCAGACACCGAUACAUUGGACUGAAUCCAGCUAUUUGUUUUUGCCUGACGUACCUACAACCUGGAGAGCAUUGUCCUCCUUUUUGGCUUCACACCGCCGUCGCAUUGAGGCAGAUGUGGAACCAAAAACAUCUUACGGGAAAACAUGUCCAGGAUGAUGUCCUCUCUGUCUGACAAGUUGGGGAGUUGGACACAGAGACACUGUAACACACAAGUAAGUUACAAAUCCAAAGAAAAUUAUUUUCUAAAACAAUUCAACAAAAUACACUUAUUUGAGACAUGUCUGUGUAGGUUCUCUGUCAUCCAGGUAAUUAAAUCAAAAAAUAGUUACAGUAAUCAGUCAAAACUGAGCCUCUUGGAUUAGAGGUGAAACGUCUCUAAAAAACCUACCACGUCCAGUUGUCUCAAAAUAAUUCUUUACAAAAAAUGAAUAUAAAGGCAGUAAUUUCCCCUAAAAUAUGUAGGUAUAACCUUUAAUUCAGAAAAAUGCAUGUUUUUUAUUUUUCAAACAACAACCAUUUUCAAUUGUUUGAACUGUGUUUAAAAUUCUCCUGAAUUUUUCAAAAUUUACUUCUUCAAAAUAAAAGUUCUUAUGAUAGAUUGAAACUUGAAAUCUUUUUAUUUGUAGAUCAACCACUGAUCAAUAGCAAUAUUCUUUAGUAAUACAUUUCUAAAUAAAAGUUUUUUGGAAGAAAAAUAUUUUCAUUUACAGAAUCAAAAAUUUUGGUUUUGUUUAUUAUUUAUUUUAAAUAUGUGACAAAAGCUUGAUGAAAAUAAGUCAUGAAAUCUUUUUUUAUUUAUAAAUUCAUCUUAAAAUGCUUAAUUCCUUAAAUAGCUAAUGCCCGAAAACAUAAUUCCAAGUGCAUAAUGUGUGCUAAAAAUUCCAAAAAACAUUAUAUCUGAACAUAUCACCAAAAAUAUGCAAGACUAUGGUCGUACUAUCGCGAAAAAAUCCUAGAAAAAUGCAAUGGAGGAGAAGAUGUACACAUGAGGUGGAGGCCUAAAGUGUUAGGCUUGUGGACACAGCAGCUUUAGAGUGAAGGAGCAACUUUAUUUGAAGUAGCUCACUUGUUUGCUGGACUUAUGAGUGUUUUACUGAAUUGUGUAAUUUUUUUUUAACUUAGGUUUUUUUGACUUAGUUUUUUUUUAGUUAUGUAAAAGCUAAGCAUUUGUUUGCUAUGCUAUUGUCAUUAACAGACGUGCAGUGGAGAAGAAGAAACUUUAUAUGAAGCAGAGCUUGUGUGUUUUACUGAAUUGUGUAUUUUUUUUACUUUUGAAUUGCUAUUGUCAUUAAUGUAUUUUUUAGUUCAUUCUUGACUUAGGUAUGUAGUGCAAUCAUUGUGUAACUUGAGCUGUAUUUGAUGUGUUGUAAACCUUUCAGUAAAAGAAACUUGUCUGACCAUUGUGUGCAUUAAUUUCCAGAUAUUUGAGCAAAUAAUAAACUUUUUGGACUUUUA